AUGAGGUCCUCCCUACAGGCGGUGGCACUCUGGGGAAGGAAGGCACCUCCUCACAGCAUCACUGCCAUCAUGAUCACUGAUGACCAGCAAAUGAUUGUGACCGGAAGUCAAGAGGGUCAACUCUGCCUCUGGAAUCUCUCAUCUGAACUAAAGAUUUCGGCCAAAGAACUUCUUUUUGGUCACUCAGCUUCAGUGAUGUGUUUGGCGAGAGCAAGAGACUUCUCUAAACAGCCCUUCAUAGUUAGUGCUGCUGAAAAUGGGGAGAUGUGUGUUUGGAAUGUCACCAAUGGACAGUGCGUGGAGAAGGCCACACUUCCUUACAGGCACACUGCAAUCUGUUAUUACCACUGCUCAUUCCGGAUGAUAGGAGAAGGCUGGCUUCUGUGUUGUGGAGAAUAUCAAGAUGUUCUUAUAAUUGAUGCCAAAAGUUUGGUUAUUAUUCACACUUUCAUAUCAUCUCAGUCUCCGGAUUGGAUCAACUGCAUGUGCAUUGUUCACUCCAUGAGAAUUCAAGAAGAUUCUCUCUUGGUAGUGUCAGUAGCUGGUGAGCUCAAAGUAUGGGAUCUCUCUUCAUCUAUCAACAGCAUUCAGGAAAAGCAAGAUGUUUAUGAAAAGGAAUCCAAAUUUCUUAAUUCCCUGAACUGCCAGACAAUACGAUUUUGCACGUAUACAGAGAGACUUCUACUGGUGGUAUUUUCUAAAUGUUGGAAGGUUUACGAUUAUUGUGAUUUUUCUCUCCUUUGGACUGAAGUUAGUGGGAGCGGGCAGUUCUUUGCUGGUGGAGAGGUGCUUGCUGCUCACAGAAUCAUCAUCUGGACAGAAGAUGGUCACAGUUAUAUCUAUCAGCUGCUGAACAGUGGGCUUUCAAAAAGCAUAUACCCUGCUGAUGGAAGAGUGCUUAAAGAGACCAUUUAUCCUCAUUUACUGUGCUCUACUUCUGUGCAGGAAAAUAAGAGCCUUCCCUUUGUUAUGGGCUACAUGAAUGAAAGGAAAGAGCCUUUUUAUAAGGUACUUUUCUCUGGAGAAGUCUCAGGAAGAAUUACUUUGUGGCACAUCCCUGAUGUUCCUGUAUCCAAGUUUGAUGGUUCUCCUAAAGAGAUACCAAUAACUACCACCUGGACCCUUCAAGAUAAUUUUGAUAAGCAUCAUACCAUGUCACAAAGUAUUAUUGACUACUUCUCUGGGUUUAGAGAUGAGAAUGGAAUUGCGGUUGUCACUUCAUCAGAGUAUGUUCCAAGUCUUGAUAAACUAAUAUGUGGCUGUGAAGAUGGGACAAUUUUCAUUACACAGGCUUUGAAUGCUGCCAAAGCAGGACUUCUAGAAGGCGGUUCUUUACUAAAAGGUUCCCUCCCUCAGAAAGUUCUCAAAGGCCAUCACCACAGUGUUACUUCCUUACUUUAUCCACAUGGUCUCUCUUCAAAAUUAGACCAAAGUUGGCUGGUAUCUGGGGACCAGGACUCAUGGGUCAUCUUGUGGGAUAUCUUUACUGAAGAAAUUUUGCAUAAAUUCUUUUUGCAAGCUGGUUUAGUAAUGAGUCUUUUGAUGUCACCAGAGAAUUUCAAACUACGGAGUCAUCAGGUAAUUUGUUGUGUGUGCAGUGACCAUUCCGUGGCUCUCCUUCACCUUGAAGGGAGGAGGUGCCUCCUGAGCGCCCGAAAGCACCUUUUCCCUGUGAAGAUGAUAAAAUGGCAUCCCGUCGAGAACUUUCUAAUUGUUGGAUGUGCAGAUGACUCUGUUUACAUCUGGGAAAUUGAGACAGGCACUUUGGAAAGACAUGAAACGGGAGAAAGAGCAAGGAUUAUUCUUAAUUGUUGUGAUGAUUCACAGCUUCUAAAGCCUGAAUCUGUACUUCCAGUUGCCUCAGAGACACGUAAGCACAAAAGUGUAGAACAGAGGUCACCCAGCUCCUACCAGUUUGGGCCAAUACCUUGCCCUGGUCUGCAGGUGGAGUCUUCAUGUAAGGUCGCUGAUGCCAAGUCUUUCUCAGGACCUUUUAAUGUCUUGCCUGUGAAGACAAAAUGGAGUAACAUUGGUUUUCAUAUCCUUCUAUUUGAUCUGGAAAACCUUGUUGAACUUUUGCUGCCAACUCCAAUCUGUGACGUUGACACUUCCAAUUCAUUCUAUGGCAAUGAGAUCCUGAGAAGAGCCAAAAGCACAGUAGAGAAGAAAACACUGACACUGAAAAGGAAUAAAACUGCCUGUGGUCCUCUCUCAGUGGAGGCACAAGCCAAGCCUGUUAGUGAAAGCCCAGCCCAAGGAGAAAAUACCAUGAAGUUAUCAGAAGAAAAUGAUGGCAUUAAAAGGCAGAAGAAAAUAAAGAGCUCCAAAAAGAUGCACCCUAAGCAAUCUAGAAAAGUCAAUGCCAACCUCACAAUAGACACAGCUAAAUUGCUCCUAUCUUGCCUUUUGCCAUGGGGAGUGGAUAAAGAAUUAGACAAUCUUUGCAUUAAACAUCUCAAUAUUUUAAAGCUUCAGGGUCCCAUUUCUUUAGGACUUGCUUCAAAUGAAGAUCACUUCUCAUUGAUGCUGCCAGGUUGGGAUUUAUGCAAUGCUGAAAUGAAAAAAGACUAUUCAAAAGUAAAUUUAUUUUCCAGAAAAGUUUUGGACUUGUCAAAUAAAUACAUUUCCAUUCUUCCAAAUCAGGCUGGGAUGCCAAGAAGACCGGAAAAUAAUUCUGAUUCUUUGCAAGAGCCAAACACUAUAGUUUACUUAUUGAGCAAACUAUUUUUAGUUAAUAAGUUAGUUAACAUGCCUUUAGAACUGGCAUGUGGAAUUGACAGUUCUUUCACAAUGGAGUCUGUGCAUAAGAAGAUGAAAAGUCCUGGGAAUGAUAUUUUAAAUAUUUCAAGCUUCUACGGUUAUUUACAAAAUGGUAAGAGUGAAUCCCAUCUACCUGAAGCUGACAUUUCACUUUUGAAGCUAAUUUCCUGUUGGAAAGACCAGUCUGUCCAGGUAACUGAAGCAAUACAAGCUGUUCUUUUGGCGGAAGUUCAACAGCACAUGAAAAACUUAAGAAAGACACCAGUCAACAGUGAACCAGUGUCGGUGGCAGAGAAUGGUGACUAUGAGAUGACGCAGAUCCUGCCAAAGAUUGAAUGGGCCAAGGAGCCAGAGUUACAGUGUGUUACAAACACUUUGCCUCUGCAAACUCCAGUCAGUCCGGUCAAGCAUGACAGCAACUCAAACUCGGCAAACUUCCAAGACACCGAGGACAUGCCUGACAGAUGUGUCUUGGAAGAGUCUGAGAAUCCAGGUGAACGAAGGCAUCAUUUAUGGAUAGCAAAGGUGUGCUCCUGCAAGCUGUGCUAA